GCCCCAGACGGGGCAGCCCAGCAGGCCUCGUGGUCCUCGCCAGCAGAGCUCCGUGAAGGCUGGGGGUGGGGCAGCCAGGGUGCCCGCGGUUCCUUGGGCGGGUGGGGUGGGGGUGGCGGCGGCGUGUAGGGACAGUGAGAAGGGCGACAACUUCAUGAUGCCCUGCUCUUAACGCGGGCAGACCCCAGCUCCUUCCUUUGUCAUCUGCGGGCCAGAACGGUACCUUCAGGGCAGCAGAGACACCGUGCGCGCCAAGCCUUGACCUAGUGCCGGCUCCGUCCAUGGCUUGGCCUGCUCCCUGGCCCCCUGCACAGCCCCAGGACUGAGACCGUGAGUCGCAGAGGCCAGGCCAGAAGACGGCCGCGGCCAGGGAUUUGUAGCAUGCCGGCUGCCCAGGGCGAGGCUUAAUCAGGUGUCUGUGCUUGGCCACGUCCCCGCUGCCACCUCGGCUGCACCUCACCCAGGCGCUGGGACGUCAGGUGGCUGCCUGCCCCGAGCUGAGCCUGCACCUGUGAGACCGCCCUCCUCUCCCAACGCCAGGAUGGGUGACGUGGCCAACAGCUCCAUCGAGUUCCACCCCAAAGCCCAGCAGCAGCGGGAAGCCCCCCAUGCAGGCGGCUUUGGGUGCACGCUGGCUGAGCUGCGCUCCCUCAUGGAGCUCCGAGGGGCUGAGGCGCUGCAGAAAGUCCAGGAAGCCUACGGGGACGUGGGCGGGCUCUGCAGGAGGCUGAAGACCUCGCCCACCGAGGGCCUGGCUGACAACCCCAGUGACUUGGAGAAGCGCCGGCAGAUCUACGGGCAGAACUUCAUCCCGCCCAAGCAGCCCAAGACGUUCCUCCAGCUGGUGUGGGAGGCCCUGCAGGAUGUAACGCUCAUCAUCCUGGAGGUGGCCGCCAUCGUGUCCCUGGGCCUGUCGUUCUAUGCGCCACCGGGAGAGGAGAGCGAAGCGUGUGGAAACGUGUCUGCUGGGGCGGAAGACGAAGGGGAGGCCGAGGCGGGCUGGAUCGAGGGGGCCGCCAUCCUGCUGUCGGUCAUCUGCGUGGUGCUGGUCACGGCCUUCAACGACUGGAGCAAGGAGAAGCAGUUCCGGGGCCUGCAGAGCCGCAUCGAGCAGGAGCAGAAGUUCACCGUCAUCCGCAACGGGCAGCUGCUCCAGGUCCCCGUGGCCGCGCUGGUGGUAGGGGACAUCGCCCAGGUCAAAUACGGAGACCUGCUGCCUGCCGACGGCGUGCUUAUCCAGGGCAACGACCUCAAGAUCGACGAGAGCUCCCUGACGGGCGAGUCGGAUCACGUGCGCAAGUCGGCGGACAAAGACCCCAUGCUGCUGUCAGGCACCCAUGUCAUGGAAGGUUCUGGAAGAAUGGUGGUGACAGCUGUUGGUGUGAACUCCCAGACGGGCAUCAUCUUUACCUUGCUCGGAGCUGGCGGAGAGGAGGAAGAGAAGAAAGAUAAGAAAGGCAAGCAGCAGGAUGGGGCCAUGGAGAGUAGCCAGACCAAAGCUAAGAAGCAGGAUGGGGCGGUCGCCAUGGAAAUGCAGCCCCUGAAGAGUGCGGAGGGCGGGGAGAUGGAGGAGCGGGAGAAGAAGAAAGCCAACGUUCCCAAGAAGGAGAAGUCGGUCCUCCAGGGCAAGCUCACCAAACUGGCCGUGCAGAUCGGGAAAGCAGGGCUGCUGAUGUCCGCCGUCACUGUCAUCAUCCUGGUCGUGUACUUUGUCAUCGAGACCUUCGUGGUAGACGGCCGGGCGUGGCUGGCCGAGUGCACGCCCGUCUACGUGCAGUACUUCGUCAAGUUCUUCAUCAUCGGUGUCACGGUGCUGGUCGUGGCUGUCCCAGAGGGCCUGCCUCUUGCCGUCACCAUCUCCUUAGCGUACUCUGUCAAGAAAAUGAUGAAGGACAACAACCUGGUCCGCCACCUGGACGCCUGCGAGACCAUGGGCAAUGCCACGGCCAUCUGCUCGGACAAGACGGGCACGCUCACCACCAACCGGAUGACCGUGGUCCAGUCCUACCUCGGGGACACCCACUACAAAGAGAUUCCGGCCCCCAGCGCCCUGACCCCCAAGAUCCUCGACCUCCUGGUCCAUGCCAUCUCCAUCAACAGUGCCUACACCACCAAAAUACUACCUCCAGAGAAGGAAGGCGCCCUCCCGCGCCAGGUGGGCAACAAGACGGAGUGCGCUCUGCUGGGCUUCAUCCUGGACCUGAAGCAGGACUUCCAGCCUGUGCGGGAGCAGAUCCCCGAGGACAAGCUUCACAAGGUGUACACCUUCAACUCGGUGCGCAAGUCCAUGAGCACGGUCAUCCGCACGCCUGACGGCGGCUUCCGCCUCUUCAGCAAGGGCGCCUCGGAGAUCCUGCUGAAGAAGUGCACCCACAUCUUAAACAGCAACGGGGAACUGCGCGGCUUUCGGCCCCGAGACCGGGACGACAUGGUGAAGAAGGUCAUUGAGCCGAUGGCCUGCGACGGCCUCCGCACCAUCUGCAUCGCCUUCCGGGACUUCGCCGCCAUGCAGGAGCCUGACUGGGACAACGAGAACGAGGUCGUGGGCGACCUCACCUGCAUAGCUGUCGUGGGCAUCGAGGACCCUGUGCGGCCCGAGGUCCCCGAAGCUAUCCGCAAGUGCCAGCGUGCUGGCAUUACGGUCCGCAUGGUGACCGGCGACAACAUCAACACAGCCCGGGCCAUCGCGGCCAAGUGCGGCAUCAUCCAGCCCGGAGAGGACUUCCUCUGCCUGGAAGGCAAGGAGUUCAACCGGCGGAUCCGCAACGAGAAAGGCGAGAUAGAGCAGGAGCGUCUGGACAAGGUGUGGCCCAAGCUGAGGGUCCUCGCCCGCUCGUCUCCGACCGACAAACACACUCUGGUGAAAGGAAUCAUCGACAGCACAAGUGGCGAGCAGCGGCAGGUGGUGGCCGUGACUGGCGACGGCACCAACGACGGGCCAGCCCUCAAGAAGGCGGAUGUGGGCUUCGCCAUGGGCAUCGCGGGAACCGACGUGGCCAAGGAGGCCUCGGACAUCAUUCUGACGGACGACAACUUCACCAGCAUCGUCAAGGCCGUCAUGUGGGGCCGCAACGUCUACGACAGCAUCUCCAAGUUCCUGCAGUUCCAGCUGACGGUCAACGUGGUGGCCGUGAUCGUGGCCUUCACGGGCGCCUGCAUUACUCAGGACUCUCCUCUCAAGGCCGUGCAGAUGUUGUGGGUGAACUUGAUCAUGGACACCUUCGCCUCCCUGGCCCUGGCUACGGAGCCACCCACCGAGUCGCUGCUGCUGCGGAAGCCGUACGGCCGGGACAAGCCCCUGAUCUCACGCACCAUGAUGAAGAACAUCCUGGGCCACGCCGUCUACCAGCUCACCAUCAUCUUCACCCUGCUCUUUGUCGGGGACCUUUUCUUCGACAUCGACAGCGGGAGGAACGCGCCCCUGCACGCGCCGCCGUCCGAGCACUACACCAUCAUCUUCAACACCUUCGUCAUGAUGCAGCUCUUCAACGAGAUCAACGCGCGCAAGAUCCACGGCGAGCGCAACGUCUUCCACGGCAUCUUCAGCAACCCCAUCUUCUGCACCAUCGUGCUGGGCACCUUCGCCAUCCAGAUCGUCAUCGUCCAGUUCGGCGGAAAGCCCUUCAGCUGCUCCCCCCUUUCGACGGAGCAGUGGCUCUGGUGCCUGUUUGUUGGCGUUGGGGAGCUGGUGUGGGGACAGGUCAUCGCCACCAUCCCCACCAGCCAGCUCAAGUGCCUGAAGGAAGCAGGACACGGGCCCGGGAAGGACGAGAUGACCGACGAGGAGCUGGCUGAGGGCGAGGAGGAGAUCGACCACGCUGAGCGGGAACUCCGCAGAGGCCAGAUCCUCUGGUUCCGGGGCCUCAACCGGAUCCAGACGCAGAUCCGGGUGGUGAAAGCCUUCCGUAGCUCCCUCUACGAAGGCCUGGAGAAACCGGAAUCCAAGACCUCCAUCCAUAACUUCAUGGCAACGCCCGAGUUUCUGAUCAACGACUAUACCCACAACAUCCCGCUCAUCGACGACACGGACGUGGACGAGAACGAGGAGCGCCUGCGGGCCCCCCCGCCCCCCCCCAACCAGAACAACAACGCCAUCGACAGCGGCAUCUACCUGACCAUGCACGGCACCAAGUCAGCUACCUCGUCGGUGUUCUCCUCCAGACCCGGGAGCCCGCUCCACAGCGUGGAGACGUCCCUCUAAGCAGAACUGCUCUCGGCACGCGCACCCCGCACACACGCGCACCCGGGCGGACGCGCCGGCCCGCGAGGAGGGCCGCCAGGCGGCUGGAGAGGCUCGUGGGCACUUGCAGGAAGCCACUGCAUUGGAGGCUUCUUAGCCAGCAGCAGGAGGAGGAGGAGGAGGGAGAGACCAGAGUUGCGUUCCCCCCUUUUUCUAUCGAAGCCUUUUCUAAUGGACACUGUAAUCCCGCCAGAUGUUCACCGUGGGGCUGCGCAGUGGGGCUGGGGGCUGCUUUCAGUUUAGUGGGGGUUUCGUGGCACCUGCUGCAGAGCAGCGGGAUCAAGGGAUUCACACGAAGAGACAAAAGGCCAGCACCUCUCAGCAGCACCCAAGAGCCCGCCGGCGAGCGGGACUGCACCGCCCCCCCCCGUCCCCCCCGCAGAACACCUGCAGUCGGUCUGUGUGCGCGCGUGCGCAGCCACAUGUGUGCACCCAGAGACGUGGCCGUGCGUAUAGGACCAGAUGCAUAUCUCAAGAAUAAGGAACUACUUCUCGGCAUGAUAUUUCCAUUCCUCCUAUCGGGUGUUUUCAUUUUGAAAUUUCAUUAUUUAUUGUGGCAGGGUGUUUUGUUGAUUUUUUCACGGAACUAGACUGAGAGAAUAGCCUUCUGGUUGCUCGGGACCCCCCGCCCCCCGCCGCUGCUCCCUCUCCCCCACUCCCCUCCAUCCUCCCAGCAGAGUUUCUGGUGGAGGGGAACGCGGGGGAGGGACGUGCGAGGCUGGAGCAGUUACAGUCGGAACAUUGGAACAUUUGCACGUUGAGACCUCUGCCUAUAGAGGAAAAAAAAAAACAACCCUUGAUGGAAUUUUUAUUUAAAAGGAAAAUACCAAAGUCUUGAUGAGAAUGAUCCCCUCCAGCAGGUGGAAGGCGGAGUUUUGCUUUCAGUUUCCUUUGGUUCCGGCUCUAAUUCCAAGUCUUAUGUUCUGGCCAGUGGGCUUCCUUGGUGGCCAUGGAUUUGUGUCUGCCGCCACCGACAGAGACCUUGGGGAAGCAGAUGCAGAAAGCAAAGCCCCUGGGAGCGACGGUACCUCGUCUCCGUUGCUCUAGCGGCAGGGGCGGAAGGCUGAGGAGGUCAGCUCUGCCACGUGAGCUGAGCACCUGGUCUGCAGGUGGGGAGAGCUGGGCCUGGGCUCCCCAGAUGCCUCCUUCGGGAGCCUCUCCUUACAGAGUGGGCAUCCAGCGUGCCAAGCCUCAGCCGUCCUCGAAUGCAUGGUAGCCAGGGAGGGAAAUGCAGAAAAAGCAGAAGUCCUUUUGCCUUCUGAAUACUCCUGUCCCACGUUUUGCAAGGAGGAGGUUGGGGUCCACCAUGCCUGUCGCCUGUCGCUGGGGUGCUGGGGUCCAGGGCUGAGCUGCUGGGGGACAGCUGGGAGCCGAGGGAAAGCACAGGUGCUGAGGCGCAUGCUCAGCAGCUGCGCAGCAGCUGCACUGGUGGCCAGGCUGGUUCGCCCCUCCCGUCCCGACCUGCAGCCACGGGUGGCGGGCUUGCCUCCCCUCCACCGGAGCCUCCACGAGUCCAGGCGGCAUCCAGAGCGAACACUCGGUCCCCACUGUUAGCAAUCACGCCAUGUGUCGCCCCUGAGCAGGAGUCGUCCAACCUCGGGCAAAGGCCUUUCAGUUAGAACAGCAAAUCCCACUUCAAAUGCCAGCUACAGAUAACUUAAAGCCAUCCCUUUUUUCCAAAGGGCACGUCGAGAAUGUUACCCAUUUGUAAAUUGUUCCCUAAUGUCCUUGUUUAAACAACAACAAACAGGGCAACUCAAUUCGUCGAGGGUCUGUGAGGUCUUAAGCAAGACCUCAGAUCGGAGAUGUUGGAAUCGAAGAAGAUAAGCCGCAUAACGCUGCGCUCACGGGCUUCUUUCCAUCUUCUGUUGUAGACACAUUGGUAGAACAAGGGGUCGACAUAUAUUACAAAGCCUCACUGCUGCUGUACCAAGUCGCUCCUGUACACGGCGGCUGUCUAGUCCCUAGGUUGCCUUUCCACGGGCUGUGGUCGUUUGUGUGCCGUCUUCAGGCCGGUGGGGGGGGGUCCUGGCUCCUCAGGAAGCCCCCCUCUCUCUAAAGCACUCUCUUCUACGGAAUGGCUUGGUCAACUGUGUUCAGUUAUUAAAUCUGUUUUACAUUUUUAUCUGCCUGUUAUAAAGAUGAACAAGAGUAUCUUAAUGAGGAAGACCACAGAUGCAUAUGCUAAUUUAAAGUCUGUAGUUGAAUUUCCUAAUUUAAAGAAUAGACCAAAAUUUCUGUGUAUUAAAAAAAAAAAAAAAAAAAAAAAACGAAAGGCUCC